AGCCGCGGCCGUAGCGCGCCGCGCGGAGCCGACGAGACGGCGGGGCUAGAGAGGCCGUCCCGACCGCGCCCCCCGCCGGAAGCGGCUUGUUCGGGCCUGAGCUGGCGCUACGAAGUUCCGGUCCAGGUCUCUGACUUCGGGCUUGUUCGCUGGUGGCGUCGGAGCCGAGCCGGACUGGUCAGGAUGAUCACGGACGUGCAGCUCGCCAUCUUCGCCAACAUGCUGGGCGUGUCGCUCUUCUUGCUUGUCGUUCUCUAUCACUACGUGGCCGUCAACAAUCCCAAGAAGCAGGAAUGAAAGUGGCGCUUUCUCCGCCCCAGGGUUCCAGGACAUAGUCUGAGGCAAGAUGGAGGGUAUGAGGGGCCUUCACACUUCACUUCAUCCCUUCUACCCAUCACAACAUACAAAGCAACUACACCUGGAUUUUUCCAAACAACUUUUAUUUCCUCAGAGUCUUCCUUAAUCCUAUGGAACAAGAAGCUGCCACUGAAUAGGGCCCAGUAUAGGGGCUUGCUUUUCUACUCCCUCCCCCCAAUAUAAAAAUAUAGACUUUU